AUGUUGAAAAAGAUAGUAUUCGGAACAGACCGGACCAUAACAACCAGCCCUGUUGGCAGCAAUCACCGAAACUUCGCCACGGCUGAUGUCAUUAGCUCCACUAUCAAUGUUGACAAAGUCCAGGAAGAUACUGGACCAGGCCCAGUUGUAGUGCCGUCCCAUGCUCCAGAUGACAGACUUACAUCUCCGAGUCCAUCAAGCCAACAAGUUCCAACACCGGCAUCACAUCCACGAAAGGCACAUAGGGCAACCGUUGGCAAGGUCGAUAAUCCAAAGAACCACUGUAAAUCUGCGUGGCUCAAAAAGCAUCCCGAUGGCAAUGAAGAGCAGUUCAAAGCUUACUGGAACACAGUGAAAGGAACAUAG